CAUCCUUGCCAUGCAUCAGCUAACUGAGUUUGCAGACUGUGUUCUUCCAAUAGAAAACCAGGCUUUGGUGGACAUUUGCAAUAAAGUUACAAGUGCCCUUCCACCAUCCAAGACUGGUAAGAAGGUUUUCUCUUCAAGCAGCCAAUCACGUGUUAAGGCCAGCAGUGCUGUUACAUCAGGUGAAGGUGGUGUUGACCAAAGACCAGAGAAACCAUUUGACAACAUGAACAACAUUGCUGCAAAUCUUAUACUGAACUUGACAAGCUCUGCCAGAUUUGAAGGCUCCCUAAAUGUUGAUUUGAAUGAAAUCACCAUGAAUUUAGUGCCAUUUCCCAAGAUCCACUACCUGGUCUCCAGCCAGACACCACUGUACAGCCUCACUGAUGUAAAUCUUCCACCUCAACGACUUGAUCAAAUGUUUACAGACGCUUUCUCAAAAGAUCACCAGCUCAUCAAAGCUGAUCCUAAACACAGCUUGUACUUGGCAUGUGCUUUGAUGCUCAGAGGAAAUGUUGAAAUUUCUGAUAUUAGGAGGAAUAUUGAAAGACUCAAACCUUCAUUAAAUUUUAUUCACUGGAAUCAGGAGGGAUGGAAAACUGGACUGUGCUCUGUUCCCCCUGUAGGUCAUCCAUACUCACUGUUAGCUCUGUCUAACAAUACAUGCAUCAGGCACACUUUUCAGGACCUCAAGGAUCGCUUCAUGAAGCUCUACAAACGUAAAGCUCAUGUUCAUCAUUACACUCAUGUUGAUGGCAUGGAAGUAUCGCAAUUUGACACUAGUUUAGACUCGCUUAACACUCUGAUAAGCGAGUAUGAAACCCUUGAAGCACAGAUGGGAAGAGUUGUUGAUGACAUUCAACGCUUAACUAUUGCCUGAAGGAGAGUUUGGUUGAAUUUUGAGAAGAUUCUUGGAGAAUUUCAUCCCAGAAGAUUGAUAUACUGGAAGGCAUUCCACCAAAAAUAACUGGCUUUUCUACAUUUAAAUUUCCAGUCUGUAGAUAGAGCAUUAAUGUUCGUAGUUCUUGGACAG